CGGGCAGGCGUUCCUUCUUCAUCAUGUCGGUCGUCCCGGUGAAUCCCCAACCAUUCCUCAACGACCUCACUGGACAGGAGGUGCUGGUUCGUCUCAAAUGGGGAACAUUGGAGCUCAAAGGCCGCCUGCAGAGUGUCGAUACUUUCAUGAAUCUCAGACUCGACCAUUGUGAAGAGUGGCAGGCGGGUAACUUCAAAGGAGCUCUCGGGGACGUCCUCAUACGAUGCAACAAUGUCCUGUACGUCCGAGCAGCCAGUUCAAGUGGAGCAGGGGAAGAGUUGGAGGACUAGCCAGGAGGGCAGUGCAGGUAUUGGUAGUAGAGGAGAAGCUGUCGACUGCUCUGCUGAAAUAUUUCCGCUG